CUUCUAUCGCGACUCGAGAGAACACCAGUUGAGGUUCCGGUGCGUAUACCAGUCCCCAGAAUGUCCCGCGCAGCUGAAGCAGCAAUGGCUGCGAGCUACAAGAAGCUCAAGGAAGACUUUGUCUCGGGCCUGAGCGGAGGGGAGAUUGGGGAAAUCAACUACGUGACAGCAGUUGCGCCAGCAGCAGUCGUUCUUUGGUCAGCCUUGCAAUCACGGCAGUCGUUCUUUACCACCUACACGCCUCUCUCUUUCACCGUCGAUUUCUUUCUGAACGUUGGCGCUAUCCUUCUCGCAGUAACCCUCUACGCGGACACUCCUGUCCUCCUCAAUGUCCUCCUCCUUGCUCCCGUCGCCCUCAUAUAUCUCAUUCCUCGAACCACAGCGCCAGUGCCGAGGAGACCCAAGGCAAAAGCAAAAAAUGCCAAAGAAGAUGCCCCGAAUCCUCUCCCCAAGAGGCCAUUCUUAACUACAUACCGCGGGGCAAUGAUGGUUAUAACUUGCAUUGCUAUUCUCGCUGUUGACUUUAGGGUCUUCCCCCGGCGGUUUGCCAAGGUGGAGACCUGGGGUACAUCCCUAAUGGAUGUGGGCGUAGGAUCAUUUGUUUUCUCUGCGGGUGUCGUAGGUGCGCGCCCGAUAAUCAAGGAGAAGCUGGAGGGUAAAACAACAGCGCUCAGCGUACGCCUCUAUCGAUCCAUCCGGCAUUCCCUACCGCUCAUUGUCCUCGGAUUUAUACGUUUGUAUAGCGUCAAGGGAUUGGAUUACGCGGAACACGUCACGGAAUAUGGAGUACAUUGGAACUUCUUCUUUACACUGGGCUUACUCCCUCCUUUCCUGGCCCUCUUCCAGUCCGCGUUCCAAUACGUCCCAUCCUAUGCUGGAUUGGCUAUAAUUCUAGGCGCGGUAUAUCAAGCAGCCCUAGAAACUACAGAGCUCAAAGCUCUAAUCCUUACGGCACCCCGAACCAACCUCUUCCUGAAAAACCGCGAAGGGAUAUUCAGCUUCUUCGGCUACCUAGCCAUUUUCCUCGCAGGUCAAUCAACGGGCAUGUUUCUUCUUCCCCGACCUAUCUCUUCUUCUACUGGCGCACAACAAAGGCAAAAGCUCCUUUUAACCCUCGCUGGGUGGUCCGGAAUCUGGAUCCUCCUCUUUAAUCUUACUACAUCUUACAACUACGGCCUCUCACUCUCUGUCUCGCGCCGUAUGGCAAAUCUCCCCUAUGUUCUGUGGAUAGCUGCCUUUAACUGCACCCAGAUCACUGCUUUCUGCGUCAUCGAGACGCUGUUCUUCCCCCAAGUCUACAAAAGCAACGACACCAGCUCAAAAGCUGAGAACGAGAUAUACAAGCAGGCCACGAGCCGAAUCUUGGAUGCUUAUAACAGGAACGGACUCGCGAUAUUUUUGGUUGCGAACUUGUUGACGGGUGUUGUCAAUCUAACUGUUCCUACGCUCCACGUUAGUAACGUGCAAGCUAUAGGCAUAUUACUACUCUACGCGGCGACGUUGACGGGGCUGGCGGUUGGAUUAGAUGCAUAUAAUAUCUCGAUCAAGUUGUAGCACAGUAUAUAAGAUCUAUGCGGCCAGGUCUUACACCACAUCCCUGGU